GCGCCAACUUCGUUCCUCGUGUCUACCUAACAAUUCUGCUCUCUCUCUCUCUACAAGAGUCUCCGAUCAGUCUCCGGUGACGAUCUGAAGGGAAGAAAUACGAGAGAGACGGAGAGAGUGUGAAAGUAUAAGCUACCAAAUUUGUGAAACGUACGUACAAUUUGAUCUCUUCACUUCAGCUAACCGGAAACAAUGGCGACAUUGGCGAAACUCCUGGCCGGUCUGUUCCUUAUUCUGGCACUGUACUGUGGAAUCGAUCCUUUUAACCACAGUGCUAUCUCCGAUUUUCCUGAUUUUGAAGCUUACAAGGUAGGCAUGCCUUCUUGGUCGGAGGUUCCCAAGGAGAUAGACACCGAGAAUCUGCUCCAGAAAUCCGAGAUUAAGUUUCUAAACCAAAUCCAGGGACCAGAGAGCAUGGCGUUUGAUCCGUUAGGUCGUGGUCCAUACACUGGAGUAGCCGACGGUCGGAUUCUCUUCUGGAACGGCGAGGCAUGGACUGACUUCGCUUAUACUUCGCCAAAUAGAUCAGAAAUAUGCGAUCCAAAACCAUCAUUCCUGAGCUAUUUAAAACAUGAACACAUAUGUGGGAGGCCAUUAGGGCUUCGAUUUGAUAAGAAAACAGGGGAUUUGUACAUUGCUGAUGCUUAUUUUGGGCUACUGAAAGUUGGGCCAGAAGGUGGACUUGCAACAUCAUUAACUACUGAGGCAGAAGGAAUCCCACUUAGGUUCACAAAUGAUCUGGAUAUUGAUGAGGAAGGAAACAUUUAUUUUACUGAUAGCAGUAUAAAAUUCCAAAGAAGGAACUUUCUGCAGCUAGUUUUCUCCUCAGAGGAUAGUGGAAGGGUUCUGAAAUACAACCCGACUACAAAAGACACCACUGUGCUUGUAAGGAAUGUCCAGUUUCCGAAUGGUGUGUCUCUGAGCAAGGAUGGCUCGUUCUUUGUGUUUUGUGAGGGUUCUUUGGGCAGGUUGAGUAAGUACUGGUUAAAAGGAGAGAAAGCAGGAAGUAAAGAAGUUAUGGCCAUACUCCCCGGUUUCCCUGACAAUGUGAGGACAAACGAAAAGGGAGAAUUUUGGGUGGCAAUUCACUGCAGGCGCAACAUAUAUGCAUAUAUAUGCGGUUUAUAUCCAAAACUAAGGAUGUUCUUAUUGAGGUUACCGAUACCUGCAAAGAUUCAUUACCUUUUACAGAUUGGAGGACGGCUCCAUGCAGUGGCUGUAAAGUUCAGCCCUGAAGGUAAACUUUUGACCAUAUUGGAAGAUAGACAAGGUAAGGUUGUUAAAGUGAUUAGUGAAGUUGAAGAGAAAGAUGGGAAACUGUGGAUGGGUAGUGUCUUGAUGAAUUACGUCGCGGUUUAUAAGCUCGAUUGAGGGAGACUGAGAUCACAUAAUAUAGACUUUAUUUAUGGUGUGAUGAUGGAAUUUUAUUUAAUUUCAGUUAUGUUAGUUAGUGUCCUUGAUUAUUUGGGCUAGUUCCUUUGGAAUUCAUUAUAUAUAGACUUCUAUUAUGUUAAUGUAGAUGAGAAUACAAAAUAAUGGGCAUGUCUCUUAAUAAAAU